AAUGAAAAUGCCGAUGAGUGGAUAAUAAUGGCCUUUAUCUCACAAGAUUUAUUUCCAAAUACUUUAAGUUUUAUUGUUUUUGUGAGCUAUAUUGCUUUAUUUGUUAAUCAAGGUAUUUUGGUAACGGCAUCUAAAGAUGAAAAGAAUAACUAUAGUUACAAUACAACGACAGUCAUCAUACUUACCGAGUUCUUCAAAUGUUUUGCGUUUGUUCUCAUGUAUUUAAAAAAUAACGGGAGUAGGGAGUUUUUAAAUGAACUGAAGAACAACGGUCAGGCUUUACUUCUGUAUUUUGUGCCCGCAGUGUUGUAUAGUGUGUAUAAUAACUUAUCCUUCAUAAACUUAAGUUAUUAUGAUCCGACAACGUAUUUCUUACUGUUACAGUUUAAAACUGUUUUGACUGGAAUAGUCUUUCAAAUUUUGUUCAGCAAGAAAUUAAGCAAACUGCAAUGGUUUUCGUUAAUUUUAUUAACGUUUGGUUGUAUUUUAAAGGAAGUACGCCAUAGUUAUAAAUCGAGUCUAAAUCCCGAGUUAAUGACAAAUUUUCGAUUGUUUGACUAUCAUUUUAUAUUGAUUCUUAUUCAAGUAUUCACAUCAGUAUUUGCCAGUGUUUAUAACGAAUAUUUGAUCAAAGGUUGCGAUGCUCAUUUCAUGAUACAGAACAUUUUCAUGUAUUUUGAUUCUAUAGUUUCUAAUUGUGUUGUGUUGCUAUAUCGUGGAGAAUUGUUUACAGCGUUUACUCUGGUCAAUUUAAAAUCCGUUUGCCAACCUACAGUUUUAGGUAUUAUAGCUAAUGGUACUUGUAUAGGAAUCUGUAUUAGCUUCUUUCUCAGGUAUUUAAACAAUAUAUUGAAGAGUUUUGCAAGUGCCACGGAACUGAUGUUUACAGCCAUAUUAGCAUGGAUUAUAUUUGGUAUUCCUGUUGACUUUUACACAUUUGCUGCCAUUUUUGUAGUUACAUGUGCAAUUAUGAUAUACUCACGCAACCCUGUUGUAAAUCUCUCUAAACAGGACCAAGAAAUGUUCGAUAAACUCAAAGAAAAAUCAAAAAAUUUUGAAAAGAUUGCAACCGAUGUAUGACAGUUUAAGUAGGUUAAUGAAGUUCUCAAAACUAUAACCAAAAUGUAAAGAAAUGCGCCCCUUGCCUUAUCUGAAAGUUUAAUAGAAUAAAUAUCUUUGUGUUUAUUCUGUAGAACGCCAAAACUAUUUAAAGGGUUUACGUAUACAUGUAAAAAACAUACUCUAAAUAUUCUCAACCUAUUUACAAAUAUUUUAUAAUGAAAUUUUGCAUUCUGCCACUGUUUGGCCAUCUAACAAUCAACUGUUCAAGCUACAUGAAUCACAAUAAUGUUCGCUUGUACUUUCGGACUACGUAAUGAAGGGUAAUUGCGGUUUAGAGGACGAAACAACUUACUGUCGUCAUUUCCAUUAGUUACUUUGUUUUGUGAUUGCAGACAACUCAAUAUCGAAAUUGAAAUAUUAUUAUUACGCGGGUAUGUUGAAUUGAAUCGGCUGGCUAAGCGAAUACUAAGACAUCUUUUAUUUACCCCUUAGACAACGAUAUACAGCUGUGAAACGAUCUUUUGGUGGGUAUAUUAAUAUGGGCUUACCUUCGAUUAAUUAUUGCAAAAUUACGUUAAAUGGUGUUGUACACAACAAUUAUUACAAUGUCAGGUAUUAUAAUGGUAUUAAACUUUUUGUAAAUUUUCAUCUAGGAAUCUAAAAAUGGUUUAAAUUUUAUUCAAUUUACUUAUUGUUGUUUAUUGUUAAAUUGUAAUGAUGUAACAAAUAAAUCACCAUUUUGCAUGCC